AUGCCCGUCGCAUUCCAAGUCGCAAACACAGCCACCAAGCCCCCAACUAUCGGCGACAAUGGCUACCAAGGCUUCAACCCUCGUAAAGAAACCCUACCUCAAGGCUGGAAAUUCAGAGAAGACGCUCGUCCGCUUUCUGAAGAUAUGAUCGUUGAGCAUGAUGUCGCUGUCAAAGUCCGCGAUGGCUGUACUUUGUACUGUGAUAUCUUCAGGCCUGUGGGGAGUGAUGGUGCUGAAAAGGUGCCUGCGAUUGUUGCGUGGAGUCCUUUUGGCAAGAAGCAUAAUGGUAUUGAGAUGAUGUCGAAGGUGAAAUGGGGUUGUGGUGUACCGAAGGGAGCGCUCAGUGGUCUUGAGAGAUUUGAGGGUCCUGAUCCGGCGGAGUACUGCCCGAGGGGUUUUGCUGUUGUCAACGUCGACGCAAGAGGUGCAGGUGAUUCUGACGGUUCUAUCGUCAUCAUGGGCAAGCAAGAGGGUGAAGAUGGGUACGAUUGCAUAGAGGAGUUGGCGAAGAUGGACUGGUGCAAUGGCAGCGUCGGUCUUGCAGGCAACUCACAUCUCGGUAUCGUUCAAUGGUUCAUCGCCGCUCAGCAACCACCAUCGCUCAAAGCUAUCGCCCCCUGGGAAGCAUGCGGAGAUCUCUACAGAGAACAGUUUGUCCGUGGAGGUGCCUGGGACAAUGGCCUUUUUGACUUUAUCAUCGAGCACGUCAUUCGUGGCAAGAGAGGUGUCGAGGACUUCAAAGAGAUGUACCGCCGUUCGAACACAAUGAACCCGUACUGGGAGGACAAGCGCGCCGAAAUCGAGAAGAUCAAGAUCCCAACUUACGUUGUCGCUUCUUACUCGAGUUUCGUACACACCAUGGGCUCUAUUCGCGGCUGGAUGGAGGUCAACACAGAGAACAAAUGGCUCAGAUGGGAUCCUUACCAAGAAUGGUUCGAUCUUUGGUCUGUCAGAGAGUCGAUUGAUGAGCUCGCCGAGUUCUUCGACCACUUCUUGAAGGGCAAGGACAAUGACUGGCAAAAGACUCCGAAGGUCAGAAUGUCUUCUCUACCUUUCGGAGACAAGGAUGCCGUCUACCCCAUCGAAGUACAAGAUUUCCCCAUCCCCAACACCGACUACAAGAAGCUGUACCUUGGCGAGAAGAAUAAUCUCCUCGAGUCCGCACCUACCGAGAAGAGUGUCGUAUCAUACAACUCAGAAAGUGGCAGCAAUCCCGUUGCACACGCAGCAUUCAACCUCCGCUUCGACAAAAAGACGAGAUUGAUGGGUUUGCCCAAAGCCGUCCUCUACAUGUCUUGCGACGACUUGGAUGAUAUGGUUGUCUACGUCUUGAUUCGCAAGCUUGACAAGGACGGAAAGGCAAUGAUUGCCAUCAACAUCCCCUGGUCUCACGCACCAUACCCUGACACGGCAUCUAUCCCUGAGUCCGACUACAGCAACCUGAUGAUCUACUUCGGUCCUACUGGUAUUCUACGCGCCUCUCACCGCAAGACAGACCCCGCAAAGGCAUUGCACCCCCAGUAUCCCUUCCACACUCACGACGAAGUGCAGAAAAUCACUCCCGGCACCGUCGUCGAGCUUGAGAUCGGUCUCUGGGCCAUGGGCAUGGACUUUGAGGAAGGUGAAUCUUUGAGCGUCCAGGUUUCGGGCGAGUAUCCUCUAGUUGAUGAGUUCAAGGGUAGAGGACCCAAAAAGGCUCAGGUUGAGGAGAGAAACAAGGGACAGCACAAUGUUCAUCUUGGUGGUGAAUAUGCCAGUCAUGUCAUCUUGCCUUUCGUUUGA